UCAAGCUUGUACCUGGGGUUGGUAACUUGAACUGCAGGUCUCAGGUGACAGCAGCAGCCUCAGCAUCAAUAAUUGACAGCAAGUCCAGCCUGCCUCAGGGUUCUUCCCCACCCCAAGGACUCCCCCUCCUGUCCUAUGCUCUGAUCUUCCCCAAGCAGGAGCCUCCAGCCCAGGCCCAGGUAGGGACCAUGUCCCCCGCCAUCGCGCUGGCCUUCCUGCCACUGGUGGUGACAUUGCUGGUGAGGUACCGGCACUACUUCCGACUACUGGUACGCAUGGUCUUACUCCGGAGCCUCCGAGACUGCCUGUCAGGGAUGCGGAUUGAGGAGCGGGCCUUCAGCUAUGUGCUCACCCACGCCCUGCCUGGGGACCCUGGUCAUAUCCUCACCACCCUGGACCACUGGAGCAGCCACUGCGAGUACCUGAGCCACAUGGGGCCUGUCAAAGGUCAGAUCGUGAUGCGGCUGGUGGAGGAGAAGGCCCCUGCUUGUGCACUGGAGCUGGGCACCUACUGCGGGUACUCCACACUGCUUAUUGCCCGUGCCCUGCCCCCUGGGGGUCGCCUUCUCACUGUGGAGCGGGAUCCACGCACAGCAGCAGUGGCUGAAAAACUCAUCCGCCUGGCUGGCUUCGACGAGCGCACGGUGGAGCUCAUCGUGGGUAGAUCAGAGGAGGUGAUCCCGCGCCUAAGAACCCAGUACCAUAUGAAUCGGAUUGACCUGGUGCUCCUGGCACACAGGCCCCGACGUUAUUUGAGGGACCUGCAACUGCUGGAGGCCCAUGCCCUGCUGCCAGCUGGUGCCACAGUGUUAGCUGACCACGUGCUCUUCCCUGGUGCACCUCGCUUCCUGCAGUACGCCAAGAGCUGUGGCCGCUACCGCUGCCGCCUCCACCACACUGGCCUCCCUGACUUCCCUGCCAUCAAGGACGGCAUAGCCCAGCUCACCUACUCAGGGCCUGGCUGA